CAAAGAAUUUUCACUCAUUGAAGAGGGAGGAGGCUCCAUUUCAUUACACUUCGCAGAGGGAGAGAGAGAGAGAGAGACACAGUGGUAGUUUUCCUUUUACUUUACUAGACUAGUUGUGUUUUAUUGUAGGGGAUUUUACUUCUAUUUUAUAAUAAUAAAAAUUAAAGAAAAGAAAGAAAAAUGGACCAAGUCAAUGGUAUGGUGGUUCGUUCGUUAUCCCUCCUGGCUACUCCUGCUUAGCUUAGCUUCUCCUCUCCUCCUUUCUCUCCAAACCCUAAACCAAAAUCCUAUCACGACAUCUUCAUCAUCCCUCCUAAACCCUUCUUCUACUACUCAAAUACUUGCUGCUGCUGCCGCUCCUCCUGUCGAUAGGAGUGUGCUGCGGUCUCUCAUUAUCUUUCAGAUCUACCCCCUCCUCCAUCGCUCUUCUUCUUUCUUUAAUCUGUGAAAACUACUUAAUUCCGUAUUACCAUCUAGUAGAUUAGAUGGAGGGGAAUUCUGGCGGAGUUGGUGGUGGAGGAAGUGGCAGUGGAGGAGGAGGAGGAGGAGGAGGAGGAGGCGGAGGAGGGAAUGAUGUAGAGCUCAUGUGCAAGACUCUACAAGUGGAACACAAGCUUUUCUAUUUCGAUCUAAAAGAGAAUCCACGGGGUCGUUACUUGAAGAUAUCAGAGAAGACUUCAGCCACCAGGUCCACCAUCAUCGUUCCCUUCUCCGGGAUUUCUUGGUUCUUGGAUCUCUUCAAUUACUAUGUUAAUAAUUCUGCUGAUGAUCAGGACCUCUUCAGCAAGGAAUUGCAGCUCGACACCAAGGUUUUCUACUUUGACAUUGGCGAAAACAGAAGGGGCCGGUUCUUGAAGGUGUCUGAAGCUUCUGUCAGUAGAAACCGAAGUACUAUUAUUGUUCCUGCUGGAAGUUCACGGGAUGAAGGGUGGGCAGCGUUUAGAAAUAUUUUGGCUGAGAUCAAUGAAGCAUCAAGACUUUUUAUGCUGCCCAAUCAGCAAAGUUCUGAAACUUCUGAGCGCCUCGUUGGACUUUCUGAUGAUGUAGGGGCUGGCUUCAUAUCUGGGCACAGUAGCCAAUCUGUGACGACUUCUGAACUGAAUGUUGACAGGUCAGUUGAACUGCCCCCACAGGAUGAAAUUGGUAACAUGGCGGUGUCAAAGGUAAUCAGAGUUGAUCAGAAAAGAUUCUUCUUCGAUCUUGGUAGCAACAACAGAGGUCAUUUUCUGAGGAUUUCAGAGGUUGCAGGUAAUGAUAGGUCCUCAAUAAUUCUCCCACUUUCUGGGCUGAAGCAGUUUCAUGAGAUUGUGGGUCAUUUUGUGGAGAUAACCAAAGAUCGAAUUGAAGGAAUGACAGGAGCAAAUGUUCGGACUGUAGACCCUCCUCAAAGAUGAAUGUUCAUUAUUUGAAGGUUUGAAGAGGGGAAAAAAACGAAUGGUGAAGACUAUUGGGGGUCGGUGAAGAACCAUUUCACUGUUUAUUCUGUCAAGGGGUUACUUUGCUGCAGCAAGCAGGUGUUUGGUUAGGGUGUGACUGUGGUCGGUCUAUUUUUCUGUUAGUUUCUUCUUCCCUUCCUUUUCUCAUUUAAGUCUCAAAAUAAUCCGAUUUAUCUGUAUGAUGAACAGAAAAGUUUCGGAGAUGCUUUACAGUGCAUUCUAUGUAGGGAAUAACAGAAGAAACGAGUCAGAUAAUUGUAAUUGUUAGUGUUUAGUUUGAUAGUGUGGCACGGUUGUUACAUUUUUCAAUAAGGCUCAUUGCAGAUGUUAUUGUCCAGUUUCAAUUUAAUGUCUCAGAGGUUGUAAAGAUGGCCUGCAAAGUGAUUGCAGAAUUGUUAAGCUUCGAUGAUCAGUUCAACUAUUACCACCAUUUUCUGGGUGUGCAUUAUAUAUCACUACCGGUUUCCUGUUA